UCCAUCCAUGGCUUUAAACAGCCGACGUCGGCUCGGAGGUCGCAGGAUCCCCAUGGAAACGGAGUGCGGGAGAAUAAUGUCGUCCCGCUCGGACAGUGGGAGUGGGGAGGACUCGUUGGACCGGCUCCUGCCCCCUGCUGGGGCCCCUCGCAGGAAGAGCACUACCUCACUGAGUAAAACUGAGCCUCCUCUGCUCCGCACGGGCACCCGCACCAUCUACACAGCCGGCAGACCGCCCUGGUAUGAUGAACACGGAGCGCAGUCAAAAGAGGCCUUUGUCAUUGGGUUGUGUGGGGGCAGCGCCUCAGGGAAGACCACCGUGGCCAAUAAGAUCAUUGAGGCUCUGGAUGUGCCGUGGGUUGUGCUGUUGUCUAUGGAUUCUUUCUACAAGGUUUUAACCCCAGAGGAACAGACUCUGGCAGCAAGUAACGACUACAACUUUGAUCAUCCGGGGGCGUUUGACUUUGAGCUGCUGGUUGCCACCCUGCGAAAGCUGAAGCAGGGCAAGAGUGUGAAGAUCCCGGUGUAUGAUUUCACCACACACAGACGACAGAAAGACUGGAAAAAUGUGUACGGUGCCAGUGUAAUCAUAUUUGAGGGAAUUAUGUCUUUUGCGGACAAAGAGCUUCUUCAGCUCCUGGAUAUGAAAAUCUUUGUGGACACAGACUCAGACAUUCGGCUGGUCCGCCGGCUGCGCAGGGACAUCACAGAGCGCGGGCGAGACAUUGAAGGCGUCAUCAAGCAAUACAACAAGUUUGUGAAGCCGGCCUUUGAGCAGUACAUUGAGCCGACCAUGAGGCUGGCUGAUAUUGUUGUGCCGAGAGGUGGUGGGAAUAUGGUGGCUAUUGAUCUGAUAGUGCAGCAUGUUCACAGCCAGCUGGAGGAGCGUGAGCUCAGUGUCAGGGCGCUCCUGGCCUCCGCUCAGCAGACUCAGCCGCUGCCUCAGACGCUCAGCGUGUUAGAGAGCACGCCGCAGGUCAAAGGCCUGCACACCAUCAUCAGGAAUAAAGAAACCAGUCGAGAUGAGUUUAUCUUCUAUUCAAAGAGAUUAAUGCGGCUCCUCAUAGAACAUGCACUAACGUUUCUACCGUCUCAGUCGUGUGUAGUUCAGACUCCACAGGGCCAUGAGUACGAGGGCCGCAGUUACAACGGCAAAGGGAUCACCGGUGUGUCGGUCCUGCGGGCAGGAGAGACCAUGGAGCCCGCCCUGAGGGCCGUGUGCAAGGACGUCCGCAUCGGCAAGAUCCUCAUCCAGACCAACCUUGACUCAGGCGAACCAGAGCUGCAUUACCUGCGUCUGCCCAAAGACAUCAGCGAAGAUCAUGUCAUCCUAAUGGACAGCACAGUCUCCACCGGCGCAGCUGCCAUGAUGGCAGUGCGAGUCCUGUUGGAUCAUGAGGUGCAGGAAGAAAAGAUUGUGUUGGUGUCGCUGUUGAUGGCGGAGCUUGGGGUGCACUCUGUGGCCUACGCCUUCCCGAAGGUCAAAAUCAUCACCACGGCUGUGGACAAGAGUCUGGAUGAUUUGUUACAUGUAAUUCCUGGUAUUGGGGACUUUGGGGACCGGUACUUUGGGACAGACGGGUCCGACAGCUGGAGUGAUGACGACCAGGACCAGCCGUCAUACUGACACACACAUCUGUGAGCCACUGUGAAAGAAAAUACAAACACUACUUGAAAACUCUCGUUAUUGUGCAUCCUCCUCAGACACAGACCAGCAAAAAACAUAAAAAUCACUUUGUGUACUUUACAUGAACUUUUGUACUCUUAUACAACACAUGACUGUUGGUCAGGUUGUAUGCAGGUAGGAUAUUCUGUUGUAUUUACAACUGAGUGUUCAUAAUUUUCAUAUGGAUGGGUGACAGAGCUGAAACGGUGCCAUUACUUUUAAGGUACAACAAUGCAAUAACAGUGUUAUUAUAUAAUGAUUUUAUCCAGGAUUGCACCAGCUGUUCAUGAAUCCGCUCACAGUAAUUUCUAAGUAGUUUCAAACUAAAUUGGGUUUCACCAUUAUACCUUAACUACUAAGGACUUUAUAUGUAAAUCGGUUGCUCACUAGCAUCUGUAACAUUGUGCAAUGUAAACAGAAAGUCACUUAAAGCUGUAAUACACUUUACCAAACAAGAGUUUACAGCUAUGCCACUGCCUCUCUGAAGCUUUGAGCUAAACGCUAACACCAACAUGCUAACGUGCUCACAAUGACAGUGCUAAUGUGCUGAUAUUUAGCAGCUAAUGUUUACUACUGGUAUGUUGACCCUUAGUUUAACAUUAGCAGGCCAACAACUGUGUGAAAUAUGUGUUUAAGAGUUAGUAGCCUAGGCUAUUCAUGCAGUUUAGAAUUAGCUGAGUGGGACAUAUCCAUUUAAGCUAACCCUAACUGACUGUGUAAUCUACAUUUUAAGUGCGCUGUGGGUAAUUUUGUGAAAAGUAAUUUUAAAUCUUCAGUUUGCAUUAUUUCUAAACAACAGUUUAUUCAUCAAGUGUCACGUAAGACAUGUCGACCAAACGAUCAACUCUGUACUUUUUAUAUAAACUGUUCAUAUUAGCAAGCUAACAUUACCUUUGUCAGUUGGUUUAGUUAGCUCUGCGACAAUUUCACCAGGCAAUUAGCACCCAACUGACUUAAGUGUAAUUUCCAUUUUGAAAUGUAGUAAUUAAAAUCCGCAGUUUACAUCAUUAUUAAACAGCAUUUUAAUGUCAGGUCUAACGUAUAAACCACAAACCAUUACCUUUUUACUCUUUAUCUAAACAGCUCAUAUUAGCAAGCUAACGUUAACUAUGUCAGUUGGUUCAUUUAGCUCUGCUACUGUUACACCUGGCAGUUAGCAGUAGUCAACAUCCGAUUAUGCUAACCCAACUGCUAUAAUCAUAUUUUGAGCUGUACUCAGGGUAAUUUUGGGAAAAGUAAAUUAAAAUCUUCAGUUUUCAUCAUUAUCAAGCAGUAUUUUAAUAAUUAAGUGUUAGGUGAGACAUUUUGACCAAACACCAUUAACUAUUUAAGCUUUAUCUAACUGGCUCAUAUUAGCAAGCUAACGGUAGCGUUCACAGUUAUCUCAGUUAUAUCUGCUACAGUUUUACCUGGCAGUUAGCAGUAGGAAAUGUCUGAUUAUGCUAACCCAACUGGCUUUAGUGUAAUCUUCAUUUUGAGCUGUACUGUGAGUAGUUUACAUCAGCAGUAAUGUCAGGUCUGAUGUGUCGACCAAUAAAAUGAACUUUUCACUCUUUAUUUAAACGACUCCUAUUAGCAAGCUAACAUUAGCUUUUUCAGUUGGUUCAGUUAGCUCUGCUAUAGUUUCACCCAUAGGUUUCACCUGGCAGUGAGCAGGUGUGAGUAUCCAAUUAUGCUAACCCAACUGACUCUAGUGUAAUCUACAUUUUGAACUGUACUGUGGGUAAUUUAGCGGGAACUGCCCAUUGGUCCGACAGCCCAUUGUUCCGACCAUAUUAAACCCAUUGUUCCAAAGUCCUGUUGUUCCGAAAUCAUCAUGAUGCCCUGUGGUUAAGGUCUGGUUAGGUUUAGGCACAAAAACCACUUGGUUAGGGUCAGGAAAAGAUCACGGUGUGGAUUAAAAUGAAAAAGAAAGUGGCAAACACAUAAGCUGUGAGCCUGCUUUGCCUCAAGCCUUUCCCAGCUGACCCAGAGCCGGUCGCGGCGCACCAUCAAGGCAGAAAUACACCUGCUGGGAGCCGUUCAGCACUGCGGAGAGCUCCCCACACAACCUGGACCCCAGAGUUAAUAACAGGAGGUUAUGGUGUUUCAUUCUCUCCUCACUAUGACACUUGUAUCUCAACCAGUAGCCUACUUUUGUUGCGUUUGCUGAUCCUCUAUGGUACACAAACACAGUAUAGCCUAGUAUAAUCACAUAUCGGAACAACGGGAUGUCGGACUAAUAGGAUGUCGGACCAACGGGCUGUCAGACCAAUGACAUGGACCCAAUUUAGCAAGCUAAUGCCUUGUCAGUUGGUUCGGUUAGCUCUGCCACAGUUUCACCUGGCAGUUGGCAGUAGUAAAUAUGUGAUUAUGCUAACUUAACUGACUUGAGUGUAUUCUACAUUGUCAAGUAGGCCUGUGUUGUUAAACCGCUUGGUUUCAUUUUUCCUAAAAUCUGACCCCAAAACCCUGUGACUCAAUUAUGUUAAUCCAUUUGAGGGAAAAAAAACGCGGCUAAUUAUAACUAGGCUUAGAUUUAAUUCAUGAUCAGCUGGUGCAACUGGUUCAAGAAUAUUCUCUGGUAUAAAUUCACUCAUACUUUGCUCUAAUAAGACAUUUUUAUAGCCUAUAUGUGAUAAAUGCACAUCUACAGUAGAGUAGAGAUUUUAUAUUUAACAUGUACCACAAAUCUUAAUCUUGUAGGUUUACACAUUCACAAUAAAAUGCCUACAGAAGUGUAUAAUAAAUCUUAAAUUCAGGGUAAAAGAAAACAUGUUGGAGAUUUAAUUCAGUUUUCUGUCCUCACUGCCUCUUUCUACUUCUACUGGACAUGUUUAUGUGUCUGCGUUGAUCGUCCAGCUGUGGAUCAGAUCAUCAGAGCGAGGUCACGGAGGGUCACAGGCUCACUCCUGAGUAUUUUCCACGGUCCUCUGACUCUCAGGGUUCAGAUACGGGCCACUCGGCUCCACAGUGUGAUGCACUUUAAAGCCUGAGGGGGUCAGUAUAGUUCACAUUUAGCUUCUCUCUGUGAUUUAUAGUGUGUCUCUGUGAGAAAUAACUGUCUUUACAGUAUAGAAGAAUGCACACAGACUCACCUGAAAUACUUCAUUUACACAAGUUAAAAUAAGGAUAUCUGGUGUCAUGAAUGGCAGGUUUACAGUCUUGGAAACGUUCUUUUUAUUCAUGAUUUUACUGGUUGAUGUGUGUACAGUGUUGUAAAGCUCAGUGACAAACAUGAGAUAAUGGUAUUAAUGUGAUUUCAGGGCUACAA